UAUUCCAACAAUCCAGAAGAACCAGCCGCCAUCAUGGAAGGAGAGGAGGAGGAAAAAAUGGCGACAUGUUCGCGGAACUUAAAAGUAGAAACGGGUGUUUGUAGAAUGCGUCGGUCGCUCUUCUGUGCGGUCCUCUGUGUCUCCGUCCUCGUGACUCCAGGGACGUGUUGUCUGUCCAAGGAGUACGAACUACAGUCCGGCCGGUGCUGUCCGAUGUGCCACGAAGGUUCAGUGGUUAAAAGAGACUGCACCCCUCAGUCAGGCACGCGGUGCGUCCCCUGUGUGGACGGGACGUAUAUGGACCAACCCAAUGGGCUGAAUAAGUGCUUCCCCUGCAGCUCCUGUGACCAAGGCCGUGGUCUCUUUGCCAAACAGAACUGCACAUCAACAAGUGACACCGUCUGUGACGUCAUCGCUGGUCACUUCUGCACGGACCUGAUAGAAGAUAAAGAAUGUCGUUCGGCACACAGACAUUCAGACUGUGAACCUGGUCACAGGGUCAAAGAGCCUGGGACCAGAAGAACUGACACAACGUGUGAACCUUGUCCCGCAGGCAGUUUUUCACCGCAGGGUGUGAAUUGUUCACUUUGUACCAAUUGCUCAGAAAACCAAGUGGAGGUCAAAGGAGGAAACCUGACCAGUGACACUGUUUGUGAAGCUGCUUCAGGACGCCUUUACUGGUUAAUAGCUGUACCUGUAGUUGUACUUGUAAUGGUACCAAUAGGAACACUGGUUGUCCUCUGGAUCAAAAGGAGAAAUCAAGAGAACCAACAGCAGGGGCUCGGGAGCAGCGUAGCAUCUGAGGAAGAGACGUCGUCGUGUCUGAAGGAGGAGUCCAGUCAGGAAGGACCUGAAGGAAUGUUGAGGUGGAGCGGGGACCCUUGAGUUGUAGACAGAAGGGAGGACAGAACUCCAGAUAUGGCCGCCGUGGAGGCCCAAGACGUUAUCAGGACGAUGACUGGAUGCUGAAUCAAAAGACCUCCCCCACAACGCCCCGGCUAUACCCACAGUUUGUACGCAUGCUGGAAUUGUGGUGACAUUCAUCACAUGAGGUGACUGUCUGGAGCUUUACAAUCCAUCACCACGCAGUCCACCAGCCAGCUACAGCAGCGCGGGGACAAGGACCACCGCCUCAUCAUCACAACUAGGGAUAGCCAGAGGGGAAGUACAGGCUCAGCGUACUCACACUUAUGCCCCUGGAAGAACCCACCAUUACUCACAAUGUAGAGCCCACUCACGGACUGCAGAGGUGCACCAGCCUCAUUGCACCACUUUCUCUAUGGAACACUCCAAAUACCCAGCUACCUUGGACGCGCCUGACGUCAUGUGCUCAGAGGCGUGGACGCUGCCGCCCGCACCGACUCUAACCCAAUCACCACAGAACUCUGUUAGACCAACAGCAUAGUUAGUGCACCAUGAUUGUCUUUACAUGUACGUGUGUCCCCUUGUUGGGGAUUCGUGGGUGGAGCCGGUAGACGGUUAACUACGUCUUGGUCAAAGGACUCGCUGUGGUCUGAGAAUCCUCGGCUGAGGUGGUGACUUUUUUUAAUUAAAUUCUUUUGACUAAC